GUCGAGAAUGGUCAAUCGGACAGAUGUGUCGUGUAUAUUGCGACCUCUGAGAAAUUAAUACACUGUGGUUCUAUCUCUCACCAAACUUGAAGAUUGAUGUUGAAUGUUUUUGUGUUUGUCUUGUUUGUCAACUGCGUCAUGGAACAUCACAUGUUAACAUCGUCCUUUCUUUUACACUGCCAACUACCUAGAACUCCAGCAACAAUCGACAGCAAGGCCUCAUGCUUGUACUACAAUGCUGAUAUCGCUCGUGUGAGAAAGACAGCUCCCAGUUGUGGUGGUAUACAAACAGAAGUCGGUCUGAUGUGACAUGUGGCUGUGCCCGCUUUGACAGCUCUAGAACUGUCUGUCCAAGUUCGAUGCCCAAAACCAAGGAAAUAGACUUUCUGUGCUUUCC